CGACUCUCGCUUCAAUUAAUCUCCAUCUCUCUUUCCAUACUUAAUUGCCUCCAUCGAUCGCCAUAUCCCUCUCUGCUCAACUUAUGAUGGCAGCCGUUCCUACCGACCAUUCUUCAAGUUUUAGCUGGUGUAGCUCAGUUCAUCAUUUGCAUUCUCAGAAGUUGGAUUCUUCUUCAAAAAUCAUUCGGAAUGAAGAAGAAGAAGAAGAAGAAGAAGAUCGCAUAUGGAUCAGAAUACGCGGGGAAGCCAUCUCGAAUGUUGAGCAAGAGCCCAUUUUAUCCGAAUACUACCACUCCUUGAUUCUGUCACAUAAAUCCCUAGAGAGCGCACUGGCAAAUCAUUUGGCAACCAACUUGAGCAAUUCAAGCCUUUCUAGGGAUGCCCUUUAUGAGGUUCUAUUGGGUCUGCUCGAGCAAGACCGCGACACUAAAAGAGCCAUCAGAGAUGAUCUCAGAGCUGUGGAAGAGCGUGACCCGGCUUGCCAAAGUUUCCUUCACUGCCUCUUAAAUUUCAAGGGAUUCCUAGCGCUGCAAGCUCAUAGGGCGACACAUAAACUGUGGUCACAAGGCAGGACGGCAAUGGCACUGCUAAUCCAAGCCCGGGUUUCCCAGGUUUUCGCAGUUGACAUCCACCCGGGAGCCAAGAUAGGACGAGGGAUAUUACUCGAUCACGCCACCGGAAUCGUGGUCGGAGAGACGGCCGUGGUCGGAAACAAUGUCUCAUUUCUGCAUAAUGUGACUUUGGGGAGUACAGGCAAGGUUUCAGGGGACAGACACCCCAAGGUUGGCGAUGGGGUUCUCAUAGGAGCAGGGGCUAAGGUUUUAGGCAAUCUUAAAAUUGGGGCGGGUGCUAAGAUUGGUGCGGCUUCGGUGGUGCUUGAGGAUGUUCCUCCACAAGUCACAGCUGUUGGAAAUCCUGCCAAAUUAAUUCUACCAAAGAUGUAAAUUUAGUGUAAUCGAGUAAUGGUAGUAGCAGUAGUAGUUGGAAAGCUGUUUAAAUUUGUUAUUUAAUAAAAUAUUCUAUUUCUGUAUUUGAAAUAAAUAAAUAAAUAAAAGUAUUUUACACUCCAUUACUUUCUAUGCCUUUUUUCUCAAAUAAGGAAAGAAAAUUUUCUAUCCAUUUGUCUUAUUUCAUUCUAUUACCAAAUCGCUCCAUAGUACGUUGCCUUAGGGGUGUUGUUCCAUUACUAAAAUCACUCCAAACGUUGCCUUAUUAAUGGUCCGAGAGA